AUGGGCAAAGAUGAUGACACAUCUUCAUCCUCUUCUUAUGAUUAUCACCUUGAUUUAGGUGUUAAUAAUAUCAAGAAUGUUAUUCCUCUUAUUCUUGAUCGAGAGAAAGUCCAAUAUUCUAAUUGGGUUGAAUUAUUUGAGUGUUAUGCACACGCUUACAAUAUUCUUGAUCACAUUGACUCCAAAACACCUAAACUGACGGAUAUCUCGGAUGAGAGGUUGAAACGACUUGACUCCAUUGUCAAGAACUGGAUUUAUGGCACAAUCUCUAAAGAUUUUCUUGAAACAAUUAUAGAAAAGGGGGCUGCAGCUCAACAAAUUUGGGACAAGCUCAAGAAUUUAAAAGAUCAAUUGGCCAAUGUUGAUCAACCGGUGUUGGAGCAAAAGUUGGUGAUUCGCUUGGUUUCGGGGCUCAUCAAUACUGAUGUCGACAUAGUGGCUGCUAUGAUUCAACAAAUGUAA